UUCUUUGUUUCCAGAAGGCAAUAUUUAUUUAUUCUUACCUUGCUCUCGGGGGGAAAAAAAUAGCCUUCCCGAUCUAUCGUCGGAAGUUGCAAAACACCACCUCCUUUCAUCAUUUCACCGUUUCACCUCUGUUUUCUGAAUUCUACAAACCUCUAUUUUCCCUUCUCUCAUCGCCAAUCGAUCUGCUUUGCUUCAUUCAGCAAUCGAUCGGCUUUAAUCCAGGAAAUGGCUGCUGAGCCUACAAAAGAACAUGUUGAUGUUGCUGACACUGAACCUGUGACAUCAUCUACUGAUAAUGAAGAAAAGACAAAAAAGAAGAAAAAGAAGGGAUUUUUGUCAAGAAUGUGGAAUAGUUUAUUUAGGUCCAAAAAGGAUGAUUUUGAGAAGAGAUUGCAGCAUAUUUCCAAGGAGGAGGCUGCUGUUAUUGCCAGAAUAAAUAAGCGAUCUCAAAAUUGGAGAAGGAUGACAAGGCAUCUCAUUAUACUUUCUGUACUUUUUGAGGUUAUUGCAGUGGGUUAUGCUAUCAUGACAACACGAUCCCUUGAGCUGAACUGGAAAAUGAGGGCAUUGCGAGUUUUACCAAUGUUUCUGUUGCCUGGCUUAUCCUUCAUUACAUAUUCAGCGAUUGGAAGUUUUACAAGGAUGUGUGAUCGUAAGGACCAGAAAACUCUAGAAAACCUACGAGCUGAAAGGCAAGCCAAGAUUGAGGAACUCAAAGAGAAGACAAAUUACUAUAUAACGCAACAGCUCAUUCAGAGAUAUGACCCCGACCCAGCAGCUAAGGCAGCUGCCGCCUCUGUGCUUGCAUCCAAGCUUGGUGCUGAUACUGGCUUGAAAGUGUAUGUGGGAGAUGACACUAAGCAUAAUGUCCCUACUGGGAAGAGCAACGAUGUUGAAGUUGUGCAAUCUACUGGGCUGAGAAAUAGGAAGCAGGCAAGGUCUAGUAGUCCAGAGAGUGCUGUAAUGGAUCAUCCUGGCGCAGAAAUGCUUCAACAUGCACAGCUUGAAGGUUCUGAUAUGAUGCAGCAUCAGCAAACGGUUGUUGAGCAUUACAAUCCAACAGGUUCCAGCACACAAGAUGGAGGAUGGCUUGCACGAAUUGCAGCGUUGCUUGUGGGAGAGGAUCCAACCCAGUCUUAUGCACUCAUCUGUGGCAAUUGCCAUAUGCACAAUGGGUUGGCCAGGAAAGAGGACUUCCCUUACAUAACCUACUAUUGCCCUCAUUGCCAUGCCCUGAAUAGGCCCAAGCAACUUGAUGAUUGUGUCUCUGGUACCAGUACCCCUAACCUUGGUUCCACAACUGCUUUGGCUGAUGUUGAUUUGGUCAAAAAAGUCGGUGGAUCCACUCCAGAUAAGAUACCCGCAUCAGCAAGUGGCAGUCCUGUAGCAGCUCCAGUGGAAACAGAAGGUGAUGACAUAAUGUCCAGUGCUUCUAACAGCUAGUAGAUUGCGAGUUUUGAAUAGAGUCGUACUUGUGCAGACGAGUGCUUUUUCUCCCUAUAUAUGUGUAGCAGAGUUUUCUUUUUUUCUUCUUCUUGGUAAUGUGUAACUCUCUGUUGUAUACAUAGUAGAAAACAUAUUCAAUGAUUCAUACGGCAGCUUCCCUGGAAA